AUGAACCCCAUAACAGUAUUAUUUCAUUUAGCACUAGCUUACACCUCCUUCACUGGGAUUGACCUAGCCGACGCAUCUGCAGUAGAUGUGGAGGUAGUGACUGAUCAAGUUUCUAAGGUCACGAUUGAUUUAAACCAGCUAAUGGAUCAAGCAGGUACCAACAGCGAGAGCAGUGAUGCUAGCGCUAAAGUUUUAAGUUACAUAGUUAACAGUGAUAGCCCUGUUAAUUCUGUAGUCGAAGCCUACGAUGCAGCUAUUGAUGCUGGUGAUAUAUCCCUAGCCACUGUAUAUGCUACCAAGCUCAUGGGUCUUAUUGAGAGUGUGGAUGACUUGAUUAGUGACAUCUACGCGGCUCCAGACUAUUACUCAGAAAUUAUCCCUAAGCAGUUAAUUACUGGGGCAGCAAGUCAGCUGGCAAAAAGAGAUCAGGUUGAUAAUGACGCAACCAGAGUGCUAGAUGCUCUAUUGAAUAUAAUGGGCACUAAUGCGACCGCCCAAAGCAACCAAUUAGAUGACGGUACAACGGGCCUGGUACGCCGUGACCAAUGUGGCAACUACAACGUCGACACUAGCAACGUUGUAGCUCUAUCGGUAUUCAACUCCAUGCGCGGGCAAAUAGAUGGAAACAUGUGGUACCCUAAUGACCCUCGGAAUUUCUGCAGAUGGUACGAGGAUUUGAGGGGGUGCAUUUCAUGGUCGACAGACGUUGGUGGUAUGCCAGGUAAUGCAUUACAGAGCUGGGCUGCGGACAUGAGCAACUGUAUCCCAGAUGCGCACCCGAAAUCAUUGAAGUCACUCUUUGCAUUUGGAGUAUCUCAAGGGUCCACCUAUGUUUGUGGAUCCGGUAGGCCAGAUGGCUGUUAA